UUUCUAAUCAACUUUUUUUAAAUUUUAAAUGUGUAUUAAAGUGUUAUUUGUUUGUAACUUAAGCCUGUAAAGCUAUUAAAACCCAAUAAAGGGUCGGGGGUGGUGAAGGGAGUAUUUUUUUUUCAUUUGUUGAAAUUUUUUUCUCCAGAUAUCUGAGUUUGUAAUUUCUCUUUAGUUAAUAUUCAUCCCUGUAUAUAAGACUAUUUGCUUGCCAGUGUUGGAUAAUAUAUUUGAAUAAAUAUACUCCAGUCGAUACGACACCCCCCUCCUACAAUUAUCAUACAAUGGGGGUUCAUCCAGCAAGCAUAGAGAACCCUAAACGGAAAGAUAAAGAAGAAUAUACUGAGUUUGAGGAUGCUAUUAAAGAAUGUGGAUAUGGAAAGUUUCACUAUAUCCUUCUUAUGGUCUGUGGAUGGGCAAACGCAAGUGACGCCAUUGAGAUUCUCUGUAUAUCCUUCCUACUCCCUUCUGCAGAGUGUGAUCUGAACUUGAGUGCUGAAAGGAAAGGAUGGCUCUCCGCAAUACUUUUUGUCGGAAUGAUGGUUGGUGGAUAUGUAUGGGGUGCUCUAGGAGAUAGUAUUGGGAGAAGAUCAGUGCUUAUCAAUGCAAUGAUUGUAAAUGCCCUUGCUGGGAUUGGGUCGAGUUUUGCACAAGAGUUUUAUCUUUUUCUAACUCUCAGGUUCAUCAGUGGUGUUGGAGCUUCAUGUUGGUGGAGCAGAUCAACAGGAACUGGGACAACAGGGCUUAUCAAAAUCAGUAGGAAGAGAUCGCGGCUUGUCAUGCUGGCUAUGAGCAAUUAUGCUGUCUCUGGAAUGCAUGAUGAACUGGGAACCCUCGGUGUUGGUGGAAGUAUACCGGUAGUUUGGACUUAUUUUGCUGAAUUCCAACCUGCCAAUAAGAGAGGAGGUGCACUCAGCUUUCUUGCAUCAUUCUGGAUGGUUGGGAAUAUUGCUGUUGCUGGUAUGGCCUGGGUUGUAAUCCCUCAUGAGCUGGGCUGGAAUGGAGAUGGAUUCAAGUUUAAUUCUUGGAGAAUCUUUGUUGUCAUGUCUGCAAUACCCAGUUUAUUAGUAGCUCUCAGUUUAAUGUUUCUGCCUGAAUCUCCUAAAUUCCUCCUUGCGAAAGGGCAUCAAGACAAGGCACUAGAGGUUCUAAGGAAUAUGUACAGUAUGAACACCGGUAAACCAGCAGCCAAAUAUCCAGUCUCACAGUUGGUGCAAGAGGAUAUAUCUCCACAUAUAAAGUCUGCUAGUGGACUAACAGGAUCCUGGACUGCUGUUCUAAAGGAAACCAUGAGCAAUACAGCCCAGCUCUUUACAAGCAAACCUCUUCUCAGGGUUACCACGCUGAUGAUCAUAAUCCACUUUGCGAUCCAGUUUGGAUAUUAUGGAUUAUGGCUAUGGUUUCCUGAACUGUUCAACAAGCUGGAGAAGUAUUAUGCCGAACAUCCAGACGAUAAUGUUUACAUCUGCGAGGUUGUUGGAACAUCCCUGAACACAACCAAUACAAUUACAGAAUCUUGUGAGGAACGCGGCCCUCCAGAUAAUCAGGUUUUCAUCAACAGUUUUAUAAUCAGUCUCUCUGCUGGGCCUAGCAAUCUCUGGACUAUUCUCUGCAUGGACAAGUUGGGUAGGAAGUUCUUCCUCUGCCUCUCUAUGGUUUUGUCUGGGGGCAGUGCUUUUCUUAUUUACCUAGUCAACAGUACAACAAUGAACCUGGUUCUAAGUUGUGUAUUUGGAGCUGUUUCUACAAUGGGAUUCAACAGCCUAGAUUGUUUAGGAAUAGAGUUAUUUCCAACAAGAUUAAGAGGAACUGCUAUGGCAAUUACUCUAGUAUCUGCUAGAAUUGGAGCUAUUCUUGGUAACCUAGUUUUCGGUUACCUUGUUGAAUCUCAUUGUGCUGUUCCCAUUAUUAUGGUUGCGGGGGUUGCGGGAGGAAUAUUUUAA